ACUUGUGAGUUGUGACAUAUUGCACUUUCACAAAAAAUAUUAUUCUUAAAUUCAUCUCUCCAAAUGAUGCAAGAAAUUACCUCAACUUCUUCUUCUACAACUUCACCUGCACUGCUUAAUACACUUCAAAAACGCCUUCAGUAUAUAAUCCACACUCUUCAAGAAUGGUGGGUUUAUGCCAUCUUUUGGCAAGCUUCAAAAGACGCUAAUGGCCGUCUUAUUUUCUCUUGGGAAGACGGCCAUUUCCGCGGCACCAAAGAUUUGGCUAUGGCCGAAGUUCGUAUCACCAACGCAGACAACAACGUUGGUGAUCCGGAGAUGUUUUAUGCUGUGUCAGCCACGAACUGUUUCGUGUCUGAGGAUGAUCUCAUCACCCACACGUAUAAUUCUGGUUUCUAUAUUUGGCUGAACAAUUAUUACGAAUCGCAACUUUAUAACUACGAUAGAGCUAAAGAAGCUCACUUGCAUGGAAUUCGAACCCUGGUUUGUAUUUCUACUCCUCAUGGUGUUGUUGAGUUAGGUUCCUCCGAAGUUAUUCAAGAAAAUUUGGAAUUAAUCCAAUUGAACAGGUCUUUAUUUGGAUUAAGUAAUAAAAAUAGUCCGUCACAGACUAAUCAUCAAGGUCUUUCGAGUUUUAAUUUUGUUCCUUUAGGAAGUCAUCAUAUUCAGAAAGUGGAUACGAAUAAUAAUCCAGAAAUAUAUAUAGGAAACAAAUCAUCCGAUUCAGGAAAUUCAGACUAUGAUAAUGAGUCCUCAGCAAUGUACAAUAUUAAUUCACCUAAAAAACGUGGAAGAAAAUCAAGUUCCAGCACCAAAACAGAGCGAAUCAUGGCGAAAAAUCAUGUUGAAGCUGAGAGACUGAGAAGGGAAAAGCUGAAUCAUCGGUUCUACGCUCUAAGGAGCGUGGUCCCUAACGUAUCGAAAAUGGAUAAAGCAUCUUUGUUAGCAGAUGCUGUUACUUAUAUUAACGAGCUCAAGGCUAAAGUUGAAGAGCUAGAGACCAGUAAAAGUGAGUGCCAAAAGCCUAAGAGAAACUAUGUUGAUACUGUUAUGGAGAUGUAUGGUAGUAGGAAUAAUAUAAAUUCAUCGUUCGGAUGGUGUAAUAGUACUGGGGCAUAUGGAAUUGAAGUCGAGGUCAAGAUCAUUGGAGUAGAAGCCAUGGUUCGGGUCCGGUCACCCAAUGUGAGCUACCCAUGUGCCAGAUUGAUGAACGUGUUGAGAGAGUUGGAGUUACAGAUUCACCAUGCAAGUGUUGCAAGUGUGAAGGACAUGAUGAUACAAGAUGUUGUGAUUGGUAUUCCUCGUAAUCUGACUAAUGAGGAAGCCCUCAAAUCUGUUAUACUCACAAAAUUAAGUGUUAUUAGCUAAAUGUAUCGCCACCUAGGGCGGCUAAUAUUUUUCACCUGUAAUUGUAAUUUUAUGUCAUGUCGAUGUCGAUGCUAAGUUAAUUUCUUUUAA